AUGGAGCUACGUCCCGCCACAAUUGGUGGGGCAUCAAAGGACCGCGCCACAUGCCUUAUCGAUGCUUAUCUAAGUGCGCACAACCCCAGCGGAGCCGCCAAACCUGCAAAUCACAAAAUCGGGAGAAAUUUGGCGACAUCGCGAAGCCAGCGCCCAGAACCAAGCGGCGCCGCCCUCGUUUUUCUCCCCCCCACACCCACCCGCCGCACCUCGCCGCUCACUCAACCUCACGUCGCUCCCGUCGACUACGAAUUCUUGCCCAGCAUGGCUGCCGCUACCGAGCGUUUUAUACAUCUCGCGCGCCCGCUGGCUCACGGCAACGUUGGCGUCCAGACCAACAUUGCCCCGCUCAGCGUCAAUAUCCAGCCUCAGGUCAGCCAUGCUAACAUGCCCCUUUCCUCCUUUGUAAAGGCCGUCCUCUCCAUCCUCGACCACGCCGUGCGACGGGACGUCCGCGAGAAUGCCCAAUCCACUCGAGUUAUCGGCGCGCUAGUCGGCACCAGAUCCGAAGAUGGCACCGAAGUCGAAGUCCGCUCCUGCUUCGCCAUCCCCCAUACCGAAGAGGAGGACCAGGUCGAGGUCGAUGUCGAAUACCAGAAGACGAUGCUCGCCCUGACCCUGAAAGCCUCCCCGCGCGAUUCGCUGCUCGGCUGGUACACGACGUCGCACGAGCUCAACAGCUUCAGCGCCCUGAUCCAAAACUUCUUUGCCAGCCCGGAGACCGGCACUUUCCCCCAUCCGGCCAUCCACCUGACCAUCUCGACCGACCCCGGCGAGGAUAUUGAAACGAGAUGCUACAUCAGUGCCCCGGUGGCCGUCAACGCUGAGAGGGCGGCCGAGAGCUGCCUGUUCAUCCAGGUCCCCCACAAGAUGCUGUACGGAGACGCGGAGCGGAGUGCUCUGGACGCCGUGGCGAGUGCACAAGACUCCGAAUCACGAACCGCGCCUCUGGUAUCAGAUAUCGAAGGCCUCGGCCGGUCCAUCCAACAGACCCUGAACCUCCUCGAUCGGGUCAGCGAGUGGGUCAGCGGUGUUUUGGAUGAGGAGGAGGAGCCCAACAACGCUCUGGGACAGUAUCUGAUGAGUACCCUGUCUCUGGCACCCAAAGUCGACGAAGACCAGAUCGAGCGCGACUUCAACAAUCACAUACAGGAUGUCCUCAUGGUCAGCUACCUGGCAAACACCAUUCGCACUCAGAUCGAUCUCUCUCAGCGAUUGGCUGUGGCCAACUUGACUGGCGGCGAGAAGGACGGCGAGGGCAAGACGGAGGGCGACAAGGGCGGCCACCAGCGCGGAGGCAUCAAGCGUGGCGGUCGUGGCGGUGGCAGGGGAGGCGGUCAGCAGAGGGAACCGCGGGAGCCGCGGGAGCCUCGGGAGCCUCGAGAGCCUCGGGAGCCUACGGAGUAG